CUUCACCUUCACCUGCAACAAACCACAACACAACCACAACCCACGACCAUGGCAGUAACAAAACGCCCCCGCGACGAUGCAUCCACCGACUGCGCCGCAAAGAAACACAAANAGGGCUUCGUCGUCGGUCCGCAAAACCUACCCGACGGCACCCAUCGCCGCAAGAGAGACGAGGGCCAACCUAAACGACCAUCCACAUACGCGACCACCGACGACGAUGCACAAGACUCACCAGAAGAAGUGGAAGAGGAAGACGUCGUUGAAGAAGAAGUAAAAGCACCGCGACAAGCAAAACCAAAGCACAAAUCUGCAUCGCCAGAUCCCGUCGGGGAGACGCCAGCAGACAACACAACCUCAAACCUGUCGGGAAUCCACCACAGUCGCCGGCAGAAAAUCAUACCCUUCGCCAAGGAGCAUCGCGCUGCCCAGCGCCAAAAGAGAGAGGCCGAGGAACGUCGCGCUGCAUAUGAGAAGUCGCAAAGAGAAAGAGCUGAGAAGACCGAGGAAAGAGAGAGGUUCAGAAAGGCAAUGGCAAAGGCAAGGAGUGGCGGCAAGAAUGGUCAAAGGAAGCUCGGAAGAGAGAGUACCGUCCUGCUCGACCGCAUCAAGAGAAUGGUCCAGCAAUGA